AUGUCUGAAGGAGAACCACUGCAGGAUCCUACAUUUUAUAGAAGUAUUGUUGGUGCCUUGCAAUACUUAACUUUCACAAGACCUGACUUAUCCUAUGCUGUCAAUACUGUGUGUCAGUAUAUGACUGCUCCCACUGAGAUACAUUUCAACCUGGUCAAAAGAAUUUUGAGAUACAUUCAAGGUACUUUGAAUUAUGGGAUUCAAUUUACUCAUGGUCCUUGGCAACUACAAGCUUAUAGUGAUGCUGACUGGGCAGGGGACAUAAAUACUAGGAGAUCAACUACAGGUUUUGUGGUUUUGCUUGGACAUAAUCCUAUCUCGUGGCAGUCUCAGAAGCAAGGGUCUGUAUCCAGAAGUUCAACAGAGGCCGAGUAUAGGGCAUUGGCUAAUACAGCUGCAGAUUUGGCUUGGAUUCGACAGGUUUGGCUAGACUUGAAAGUGUGCUUGCCUCAACCUCCUACCAUCUUUUGUGACAAUCUAUCUACUUUGGCACUUAGUAGUAAUCCUGUUUAUCAUUCACGAAUCAAACACUUGGAUACAGAUUUUCACUUUGUUCGUAAAAGGGUUCAAAUGAAUGAUUUGGUGGUUCAAUAUGUUCCUACUCAAGAGCAAAUUGCAGAUGUGUUUACUAAAGGACUGCAUAGUCCUAUUUUCUUAAGUCACUGUAUUAGUAUGCGACUUGGAAAUCCAGAGCAGGAUCCAGAGUUGGAUUUGAGGGCGAAUGAUAACAAUAUUAGUUAG